AUGAACUUUUCACUCAACAGCCUCAGCCAUGCCCAAGUUCUAGGACUAGGGGUAGCUCUCUGUCUGCUCGGCUACAUUGUCACAACCGAGCUCAGGUAUCGGCACCUCUGGGGCUACCCAGGGCCGAUCCUCGCGAGAUAUACAAACGCCUAUCGUGCAUAUCUGGCCUGGAGAUAUGCCAACCGCCCCGGCGGCAUCUCCUACCACGAAUACCUUCACAACAAGUACGGGACCACGGUGCGCAUGGGGCCCAACAUCGUUUACACUGACGAUCCCGACGCGAUCCCUCUGGUGUUGGGCUUCAAGGACCGACUGAUGAAGACGGAUCAUGUCAAUGCGCUGCAGGUGCCCGGUCAACCAGCAAACAUUGGCGGCAUUCGAGAUGAGAAGGAACACAACCGAUCUCGAAGUGCAAUCGAGGUGGUCUAUUCGCUGUCCAGCUUGAAGGGAUAUGAGCCGCUAGUGGACGAGACUAUUGUGGAGUUGACGAGGGUGUUUGAAGACAAGGCCCGAGCAGGAGAGGUUGUCAACAUUUCUGAAUGGUGCCACUACUAUGCGUACGACGCCAUCACAAAUGUCACCUACGGAGAGCCGACCGGGUUCAUCCGCAACGGAAGGGACAUGUUCGACCUGAUUUCUAGCCAACUUAAGCACAUAGCCUAUGUCCGCAUGGCAACCCAGUGGCCCUUUAUGGACUAUGUCCUACGCACAAACCCCAUCGCCUUGGCCCUGAACAAGCAGAAAGCGAGCAGAGCAGGCACCUUUUUCCAAUACUCGGCCGAUCGGGUCAAUGCCGAGAUGGCCAAAGAGAAAAGGUCGGCCGUGGCGCAAAAGACAAUGCUGCACCACCUCAUAGACGCCAGAGACAAGCACCCAGACGUCCUGGAUGACCAAAGGGUUCAGAUGUUCUGUACCGUCAACCUCCUGGCCGGCACCCUCAGCCCAUCAUUUGCCGUCGACUUCAUCAUGAGAUGGCUGGCGCAGAACCCGGAGAAACAGGAGCGCGUCUACCGCGAGGUCAAGCAGCAUUCGACCACCUACCCGGUCCCCCUGGAUGACACCUUCAAGAUGCCAUACCUGCAAGGGCUCGUCCGGGAGGGGUAUCGGCUUAGCUACGCCAGCGACAUCGGCAUGGAGAGGGUGGCUGGACCAAAGGGCAUCCCCCUGCGCGACGGGCGGAUGCUCCCACCCGGCUACGGCAUCGGCCUGAGCCACCCGGCCAUCCAGAAAGACGCGGCUGUUUUUGGCGACCAGCCCGAGGUGUGCCGACCCGAUCGUUGGAUGCAAGGCCCCGACGAAUCCCUGGCAGACUACAAGGCACGCAAGGGUUACAUGGAUAGAACAGACUUGACCUUUAGCAAGGGCAGUCGAAACUGCAUCGGAAAGGGUUAUACGCAAAUGGAGGUGGCCAAGGUGGUGGCUUCCGUCGCGGCCAGAUUCCAGCUCCACCUUGCCGGUGAAGCACACAUUCGCGAUCUGUUGCGUAUUAGGAAUCGGUUGUCCGUUAUUCUCAAGGGGACGGACUAA